GCAAUUGUGUCUGACUUGUGACGUCCAAGUGAGUAAAUUGCAAUUACAACAUCCAAGGACACAACUUGUGUAGUAUUUGCACAAGUUUAAUUCAGUCUUUGGGGGUUUGAGAGGCAUAAAGGAUGCUUUGCUUGUGGCCUCCUACUUUGAUUUGAGGGUCAAAUCAAUUUGGUCCCCUUAGAAGAGAAAACUCUGGAGUAGGCCUAAGGCGUUUAUACUAUUUUGAUUUAUAAUCUAGUAAAUGAGCACACUUUUGGGCUUUACGAAAAGGCACCCUUCUUUUGCAUAAUAUAACAAGAGCUCAUGCAAUCAAUUAGGCGUAUGCAAUCCAUUAGUUCAGUGCGAGACGGAUCAGGAGAUUCAAACACACUGUGACAAAGACCCCUUAAUGAAAACAAACAAUUACAAUCAGAUCAGAAAUUAAACCAACCUCACUAUUGAUUCAAACUAAGGGAGGAAUGAGCCCAUUUAUGCAAAUAUGCAUUAAUGCUUUCAUUAACAUACGUGCCAGGAGAGAUUUUUAAACCAUUUCACUUUGGCUCUUUAAAAUUAGGUUUGUUUUUUGGUUGCGAUUAACAUGAACACACAGGGCACAUGCUGGAGCCUUCUCUCAGUGUUCGUCGAAAUAAUUGGUGUUCCUGUAUCGCAUUAUCCUCGUUUGUCUUAAUUAAUGGAUUCAUUUGGAGGGAGGUUAACCACCUGCGGUGCGCAAACGGUGUGGAAAAAGAGGCUCUCCGGCUAUCCAAAUUCAUUUGGGUGACCAAAAUGUCCUUUAAUAAAAAUAAAUAUACUAUAAAUCUACCUUUUAUUCUUUAAUGUACAUAUUUAGGGAUUUGAAGAGCCAUGCAAAGUUGAUAAACACUAAUUUCCUCACAGGAUCUGUCGGAAGGACCACCAGUCCCGUUCGCACCUUGUUAACACCGCUAUUAGAUUUGCUUUACGUGCACUGAUUGUUGAAUUACAUUUGCGACUAAAUAGCAGCUCUUUAUGGCUGUUGACCGAAGACUUAAGAGAAAGACCUUGCCAACAUCAUAUAAAACAGUGGCGAUCCGGUGCUGUUCAUUCAGUCGAGCUCCAGCAUCCAAAGAACAUCUCACAUCAUGUUGCCUGCAGCCAUCUGGAUCUCCAUGGUGGGACUCGCCAUCAGCAGAUCUUCUCCGAAUUACCUGGGAAACCACUUUACCGUGGAAAACGAGUCUGAAGAAGUGCGUUCAGAGGCGAUUAAAAGGCUUUUGGAGGUGUUUGGCAUGGAGGACCCUCCUGCAACUCUGGUUCGGGGGCACAAACAGCCUCCUCAGUACAUGCUGGACCUUUACAACACCGUCGCGGAUGUGGAUGGAGUCACCAAAGACCCAACGCUCCUGGAGGGAAACACGGUCCGCAGUUUCUUCAAUAAACUGCAUAGUGAACAAAUUGAGUUCCUCUUCAACUUGUCAACGGUUGCCAAGAGUGAGAAGAUCCUCACAGCCGAACUCCAUCUUUUCAAACUCAGACCACAAGAGUCUCUCACCUUUACCAGACACCACUUCUGUCAGGUCAGCGUCUAUCAGGUUCUUGAUAGCAGCAAAAAGAACGUCUCACAAGGGAAGAAACUGCUCUCAUCCAGGCUGGUCCCCAUCCACUCAACUGGCUGGGAAGUUUUUACCAUUACUCAAGCUGUGAGAUCUUGUAUGUCAGAUGAGGGCCGUAAUCUGGGUCUCCUGGUCACGGUGCGGACUCUGGCAGGCGUUCAGACUGACCUGAAAACUGUGCGUUUCACAUCAGGCCGUAAUCACCACCACAGUAAACAGCCCAUGCUGGUUCUCUUCACCGAUGAUGGCCGACAGGCAGGGUUUCUGGAGGGCACUCCUAAAGGUUCGGACGAUUCUCCUGUGGGUCCCAGUCUUCCCUUUCCUCGUCUUCCUCUGCCAUCAGCCAACCGUCGUAUCACUCGUUCCCAUGAUUAUGAUGAAAGCAUUGAGAAGAUGCCAUGCCAGCGUCUGCCUCUCUACGUCGACUUUGAGGAGAUCGGUUGGUCCGGGUGGAUCGUGUCUCCACGUGGUUACAACGCCUACCACUGCAAAGGUUCCUGUCCAUUCCCUCUAGGUCAGAACAUGAGACCAACUAACCAUGCCACUGUGCAGUCUAUCAUCAAUGCUCUCAAGCUGACCAAGGGCAUAGAGACCCCUUGUUGUGUACCAGACAAACUCUUCAGUAUUAACCUUCUGUACUUUGACGAUGAUGAGAAUGUUGUGUUGAAACAGUACGAUGAUAUGGUUGCAGGUAGCUGCGGAUGCCAUUGAGUAAUUUUACUGAUCUCUGUUCAGUCCAUAAGCACAUGGCAAGCUAACAUAAUGCGAGCCAAGAAUUUAGAUCUCUGUUACUGGCAAAAGGUUUUUGCUGUUUACACCAUGUGGAGCGAUGCAAAACUGGACUUUUGUGGCGAGAUAAACUCAGGGGAUGCAGUUGAGUUUGUUUUGCUGAACUGUAAAAUAUGUAAAUAGAUACAUUUUAAUAUAUGCAAAGAGUUUGCCGUUGGUCACUUGUAAAAGAUGUAAAUUUGUAUAUUGCAUGU